GAGAAGCUGGAAAGUUGUAGUAUUCGCCCGGUACACGCAGCAAACUGACCAACAACAACCCUAAAGUUAAGAUAUUUCCCAUUCUGACGUGAGAAUUCAAUGUAAAGCACAACGUGUAGGCUACAAUUAUGUGCGUAACGACAGAAAAGUAUCGGCAGUGCGGUCAUGCAACUAAAUAGCCCAGUUUUCAUCAAUCUUAAAGCAAAGACUAACCUAUGUACAAAGGGCAUGACCCCAAAAAACAGACUAUAUGUGCAACGCCAUGUUCAGUUAGACAGGAUGUUGAUUAAUGUGGCCUCUUUGCUCCUGACUGCUCACCCACACAAAGGACAGAAGGCUUCAGGCUUGCAGAAACCGGAAGCGAGAUCAUGAGUCUGUACGGUGGUGUGGAGGGCGGUGGAACACACUCCAUUGCACUCAUCGUGGCUGACGAUGGAAAGAGGCUUGCAAAGACCGACGGACCUAGCACAAACCACUGGCUCGUCGGGGUGGAUAAGUCCAUUGAAACUAUCAAUGACAUGAUUCAAAGGGCCAAAGGUGCAGCAGGUCUGGACCCAGACACACCUCUCCAGGCACUGGGCAUGUCCUUGAGUGGCGGGGAGCAGAAGGACGCCAUCCAGAAGCUCAUUGACGAGAUGUACCGGAGGUUUCCAAAGCUAAGCAAGAGUUAUUACAUCACCACUGAUGCCAUCGGGGCCAUUGCCACUGCCAGUGACCGUGGUGGGGUUGUAGUGAUCUCUGGAACAGGAUCAAACUGCAAGCUGGUGAACCCUGAUGGCUCUGAGGUGGGAUGUGGAGGCUGGGGCCACUUGAUGGGCGACGAAGGCUCAGCUUUCUGGAUCUCCCAUAUGGCUGUGAAAACAGUGUUUGAUGCCAAAGACAACUUAGUGUCUCCACCUCAUGAUGUCGCAUAUGUUAAGAAGGCCAUGGAGGAGUACUUCCAGGUGUCUGACCUGAUGGGCAUGCUUCCCCACCUCUACAGAAACUUCCAGAAGUCUCACUUUGCUGGAUUCUGCAAGAAAGUAGCAGAAGGUGCUAAUGCUGGAGAUGCCCUUUGCCAGCACAUCUUCACCCAGGCGGGGAGGGUCCUGGCACAGCAUAUUGUUGCUGUCCUCCCCCAAGCCCAGGAGGCUCUGUUCUCGGGGGAGCUGGGGCUACCCAUUCUGUGUGAGGGAGCCGUGUGGGCCAGCUGGGAGCUGUUGAGGGCCGGUUUCACUGAGGUGUUGGCGCAGGCAAAAGGGUGCGGUGGAGGCCACUUCCGCGGGUACAGCCUGAUGACCCUGCAGCAGUCGUCCGCCCUGGGUGGCGCCAAGCUCGGCGCGCAGAACAUCGGUGCCACACUUCCACUGGACUACGCGGCCAACGUCAACGUCUUCUACAAGCACUCCUUCACUGAAGAAUCUCUGCAGGAGUCAGUACAAUUGCUGACUUUAAAGCAAUGACUGGUGGGCUGCAAAGAUUUGCAUUGUGAUCAUUUUGAUUCAGUGAUCACUUGACCUAGUACCAUGAGCAUGACCUUUGAACCCUGAGUCCUGUACUUGAAAUAGGUGCUGGUCAGCAUAUUAUUUAGCAAAUGAUCAUGAAAUGAUAUGAAGUGAUUUGUAACAAAUCUGAAUUGAAUCUGUUUGUUUUGAUAUUACUAUUAUUGUUUUUGUAUUUUCUGAAAUGGAUGCAUGCUCAGAAACUGAUACUGCUAUAAAACAUUCUUAACUGUAAACAUUAUUAUAUUGUAUAAUUUAGUUGUUUUCAACAUUAAUAUGCAAAUUAAUCAUAUUGGGAUAUCUCCUGUAGUGAUAUCAAGUAACGGCAAAAGAAUAUUUUUGUUUGUUUUUUGGUAAUCCUUCCACUUCAGAUGUCAUUAUAUCAAAUAAACUGUUUACAUCA